AUGCAAGCUUUCAUCUUCGAUUCGAUUCUGAUGAGCGCUUGGUUCCCAGGCCAUUCAUUCGACACACAAACCAAUGCUUGCGAUGUUGCUUACAACAUUUCCAUGGAAUUCCAGUCAUUCUACCAAUUCAAUUCGACAAAUAUGCCAAUUAAUAAGACAUGCAAUUGGAAGAUUUCAAUUCCACAAAAUUAUUUUGUCUACAUUUAUCUCGUCGCCGAAUUGCCGAAAAUCUCGACGAUUAUUGUGAAAGCUCGAAAUCAACUUCAACAACACCGAAAUCGAAGAGCGUUCUAUUUGACGCAUCCCGGAUUGGAAAUCAUCGUCGAAACCGUCGCGAACGUCUCGCUGAAUUUUGACAUCACUCGCCAAAAUUUGUCUCACGUGUUCUCCCCUACUUAUAUCGACAUUUAUAAAUCAUCUCAUGCCGUUGUACUGAACUCGGAGGAUACUUAUCAUCCAAUAAUGGUUCGUGGCGAGAAUCAGAUCGCCAUUGCUUCCAUAGCCGGCCAUUUUAAAGAUUUGCACCAAUAUAUGAGGGCCACAUUGAUUUUCGAUGGUCCCAACUGGAAUGCGACUUGUAUUGGAAACGCCUAUUCGAUUUUCAAAAGCGGAAAAAUGCUGAUGCCGACGAAGCGGACCGUCACAAUAUACACGCUGAUCCCGAUUCAAACUCAACUCCGCUUGGUGAUCGUCGACAAAACCGACCUUCCAGCGCUCACUCAAUUCCAUGGAGAAUACAUUGUGGCGUCCGGGUUUCGGAAUAUCAGCCUUUCAGAUUCAUCAAUGCUUCUGACAGUGACCCAUUCAAUCCAUGACGAAUACUUGAGUUCAAUGAGCAUUGAUGAGAAUUCGCGUUUGGACGUCUAUGUUGGCGGUCUCACCAAUUUGAUCGCUUCAUACAACGCGUCCAACAUCCAUUCGGAUCUUCCACAGAAUUUUCGAGCCGUCGUAAGAUUCUACUAUUUGAACGCCGGCAGUGCGAUGUUGAGCUUGACCAGGGACAAACACAUGGCGAGAUGGGAACACCCGUUUGCCGGCCGUCGCGGAUUUUUCAACGCGCAUUUUCACGACAAAAAUGAUGAAUUAAUUGAAUAUUAUGAUGUUAUUGGCGACAGCUCAAUGCAAUUCCAAUUCUCCUACAAAAUUUUGCAUUUCGAUGAUGGCCUUCUUUAUGUCUUUAUUCCCAAUCAUCAUUUGGGUGUCUACAAUGCGAGUGAUUCGACAAACCACCAAUGGGCGGUCUUCAAUGGUCCAUCGAUGUCAAUGUUUUAUCAUCAUGCCAAUCGGGGCGCGUUGAAAUUUCAGCUCGAUUUCAAGAUUGACGCCAUAAAUGGCGCCAAAAUUUUCAGCGUUUUUAUUUGUUGGCAUCUCAUUCUAUUUUACUUAAUUAUGUGA